CGUACUUCCCGGCGAGCGGCCGGGCGCGGUGCACUGUGGGAAGGAGGCGGCUCUUGUCCCGGCGGAGGCUGGCGGUGAAUCCUCCCGGCCGCACACAGCAGUGUAGAGCCGCUUCCCCCCCACCACCCUACCCCCCCCUCCCUUCCCCCCGUCCUCCUCCUCCUCCACCCCACAUACACACACCCCCCCUCCUCCUUCUCCCUCCGGCCCGCGGAUUUAAAGGGGCAGCGGCGCCAAUCCGGGGGACCAUGCCGAACUUCUGUGCGGCUCCCAACUGCACCCGCAAGAGCACCCAGUCCGACUUGGCCUUCUUCCGUUUCCCCCGGGACCCGGUCAGAUGUCAAAGAUGGGUAGAGAACUGUCGAAGGGCAGACUUGGAAGAUAAGACUCCAGAUCAACUCAACAAGCAUUACAGACUGUGUGCUAAACACUUUGAGACUUCUAUGAUAUGUAGAAGUAGCCCUUACAGAACAGUUUUACGGGAUAAUGCUGUGCCAACUAUAUUUGACCUCACAAGUCACCUGAACAACCCCCACAGCAGACACAGGAAAAGGAUAAAGGAACUGAGUGAAGAUGAAAUAAGAACACUGAAGCAACAAAAGAUUGAUGAAGCUUUUGAACGUGAGCAGGCAACUCAAGGGCUGAAUGAAAGCAAUGAGCAAAACACUGUCCCGGAGGAAGGAGGGCAAGAACAAGAGGAAAAAGCUGUUCCCUUAACGCUGGAAGAGAGAGAAAACAAAGAUUACCUUAAAUCCUUGUUUGAAAUUUUGAUCCUAAUGGGUAAACAAAAUAUACCUUUGGAUGGCCAUAACGUGGAUGAGCUUCCAGAGGGUAUUUUCACUUCGGAUAACUUUCAGGCUCUGCUGGAAUACAGAAUAAAUGCUGGAGAUGAAGUUCUGAGGAAACGAUUUGAGAUGACUGCUGUCAAUCUUGAGUACUGUUCAAAAACUCAGCAGAAGCAGAUGCUUGAGAUCUGUGAAAGCUGCGUUAGGGAAGAGACACUGAGGGAAGUACGAGACUCGCACUUCUUUUCUCUUGUCACCGAUGAAGUAGUAGACAUAGCUGGAGAGGAACAUUUACCAGUGUUGGUUAGGUUUGUUGAUGAUUCUCAUAACUUAAGAGAAGAAUUCAUAGGCUUUUUACCUUAUGAGGCUGAUCCUGAAAUUUUAGCUGUUAAGUUCCACACAACUAUUACUGAAAAGUGGGGUCUAAACAUGGAGUACUGUCGAGGUCAAGCCUACAUUGUCUCCAGUGGGUUUGCUUCCAAAAUGAAAGUUGUGGCUACUAGACUGUUGGAGAAGUAUCCACAAGCUGUGUAUACACUGUGUUCCUCAUGUGCCUUAAACAUUUGGCUGGCAAAAUCCGUUCCCGUGGUUGGCGUUGCCAUUGCGCUGGGAACGAUCGAAGAAGUUUGCUGUCUGUUUCACCAGUCUCCACAGCUACUGGUGGAGCUGGACAACACCAUUUCUGUUCUUUUUCAGAACAGUGAGGAGAAGGGUAAUGAGCUGAAGCAGAUAUGCCGUUCUCAGUGGACAGGAAGGCACGAUACCUUCGAGGUUUUAGCGGACCUCCUGCAAGCACUGGUUCUGUGCUUGGAUGCUGUGAGCAGUGACACAUCCGUCAGGUGGAGCAACUUCAUCGUCGGCCGAGCCUUUGUGCUUUCCAGCGCGUUAACAGACUUUGAUUUCAUUGUCACCAUUGUCAUUCUGAAAAAUGUCCUGUCUUUCACGAGAGCGUUUGGGAAGAACCUCCAGGGGCAAACAUCCGACGUGUUCUUCGCAGCUAGCAGCUUGACGGCGGUGUUGCAUUCUCUGAAUGAAGUGAUGGAGAACAUUGAGGUUUACCACGAGUUUUGGUUUGAGGAGGCCACAAAUUUGGCUGCGAAACUGGAUGUACAAAUUAAACUGCCAGGAAAAUUCCGCAGGGCACAGCAAGGGAGCUUGGACUCUGAAUUAACGUCGGAAAACUACUACAAAGAAGUCCUCAGUGUCCCCACGUUGGAGCAUAUUAUUCAAGAAUUAAAAGAUAUAUUCUCAGAACAACAUUUGAAAGCUCUUAAGUGUUUAUCGUUGGUGCCCUCGGUCAUGGGGCAGCUGAAAUUCAGUACAUCUGAGGAACAUCAUGCUGACAUGUACAAAAAUGAUCUGCCUAAUCCAGAUACGCUUUCUGCUGAGCUUCAUUGUUGGAGAAUCAAAUGGAAGCACCGAGGGAAAGACAUUGAACUUCCAGCUACUAUUUAUGAAGUACUUCACUUGCCUGACAUCAAGUUUUUCCCUAACGUUUAUGCCUUGCUGAAGGUCUUGUGCAUACUCCCAGUGAUGAAGGUGGAGAAUGAAAAGUAUGAAAUGGGACGUAAGCGCUUAAAGGCUUACCUCAAAAACACCUUGACAGAGCAGAGGUCGAGCAACCUCGCUUUGCUGAACAUAAACUUUGACAUAAAACAUGACUUGGAUUUAAUGGUGGACACCUACAUUAAACUCUAUCCAGAUAAAGUGGAAUUUCAAGACUUUAUUCCCUCAAACAACUCAGAACUAACAGAAAAUGCUUAAUUUUUGUUUAAGCUCUACCCAAGCUGUCGGAACAGCUUUUUCUUAGCUAAGUUUCAGUACUGAGAAGAGGUGGGGGGGCGGGGAACAAAAAACCCUUGUGAAAUCUCAAAACUCACUGCAAUUGUGUUGCCAUUUUAGGUCUUGAACUGAAGAAGCGUCACUCAGUGACCCAAAUUCUGUUUGGUUAGUCUGCAUUAAACGUGUUACGCGAACAAAAUCAAGCCUGUAAAGAAGCCCACGCUCUUGGUGCUUCCUACAUAGGAUCAACUUAAUUAGGUGCUCGUUUACUUUAUUGCAUCUUGGAGAAAGCAAUAUUGUGUUUGUAAGUCUGAUGGGGCUGUUACAUACUUAGUCAUGAAUUAGGAUAAGGAAAAUAAACCUCAGAAUAUUUAAAAAAAGGGAGUACAAUCCAUUUCAGCUCUGUGUCACUUAGGAUUUUAACUCUCCUUGAAGACUUUAAAAGACAGAAGUCCUUUGGUGUAGAAUUUAAUUGGCCUUGUGGAGAGUGGACUCGGCUCUUGCGCGAUCCCUGUGCUCGGUGUAAAGUAAACGUCAGUGGUAUUGAGGUACGUCUGCGGUUUGGGUGGAAGAGUCAACCUCUUUAAUCUCUCGGUGGCUGUUUACAUUCCUUUGUGUGAGACACAAAACCUUUCUUCCUUUUCUUUCUUCCUUCAGGCUUUUUAACAGGCAUGGCAGGAGUACUGAAAUUCCUAAAAGACACUAAAAACUUUUAACAUCUAUUCCACAACCGUUGAAAUCUGUUGGUUUUUAAUCACGACUCUGACCCAACCCCACGCUUCAUCUUGUCUUAUUUGUUCAGCUCACCCAGGAAAGAAUAAAACAAACGUUUGUUCUUUGUCUAGAAGCGAGACUGAAAAUAUUGCUGUUAUUUUUGGCAAGGAAGAAACAUUUUUUUUGUACAGUUUAUUGCCAU